AUGAAGCUUGAUCCCAAGGCGAUCCGCUACCUCACGAACGAGGAUUUCCGUGUUCUCUCUGCUGUUGAGACUGGAAGUCGGAAUCAUGAGGUUGUUCCGACGCCUUUGAUUGCGCAGAUCUCUGGUCUUCGCGGUGGCAGCGGAGUCCACCGUGCAAUCUCGAACCUGGCAAAGACCAACCUUAUCGCGAAGGUGAAGAACGCGAAAUAUGACGGUUACCGACUCACCUACGGAGGCCUGGACUACCUUGCGCUCAACGCUCACCAGAAGCAAAAAUGUAUCUACUCCGUCGGAAACCAGAUUGGUGUUGGGAAGGAAUCGGAUAUCAUCGUGGUCGCGAACAACCAGGGAACGCAGCGCAUUUUGAAGAUCCACCGUCUGGGACGUAUCUCCUUCCGGACCGUGAAGACGAACCGAGACUAUCUUCGGCAUCGAAGCACCGGCUCGUGGAUGUACAUGUCGCGUUUGGCCGCCAUGAAGGAGUUCGCAUUUAUGAAGGCCCUUCGGGAGAACGGGUUCUCGGUGCCAGAGCCCAUUGCACAGAACAGACACACCAUCGUUAUGAGCUUAAUCGACGCCUUCCCGCUACGCCAGAUAUCGAAAGUGCCCCGACCGGCGCAGUUAUACGAAGAACUUAUGGAUAUGAUUAUGCGGCUCGCCCGGUUCGGGUUGAUCCACGGCGACUUUAACGAGUUCAAUAUUCUGAUCAAAGAAGUGGAGGACCCCAACGCGAAAGGGAAAGGCCGGGAAGACGACGAGGAUGAUGAGAACAUUCAGUUGAUUCCAGUUCUGAUCGAUUUCCCGCAGAUGGUGUCGGUUGACCAUGCCAACGCGGAGAUGUACUUCGACCGUGAUGUGAACUGUAUCAAGCGCUACUUCCAGCGCAAGUUCCAUUUCGUGAGCGAUGCGCCCGGUCCUUUCUUUGCGGACGCGAAGAAACAACUCCUCACCAACCCGGCCAAGCGCUUGGAUGUCGAAGUCGAAGCGUCUGGAUUCUCUAGGAAGAUGGCGCGCGAGCUGGAAAACUACAUGAAGGAAGUGGGUGUGAAGGGUGACGGCGAAGAGGGUACUAAAGGCAGCGAUGAUGAAGAAGACGAGGAAGAGGAGGGUUCAGGCUCUGAGCGCGAGGAGAAUGCUGAGGACGAUACCCAUGGGGGUGACGAGAUUAGCGAGAGCUCUCGAAAAUUAGGGGAAUUGCAGGUCUCCUAG